AUGCCAGUACCUUCACUCUUACACCAACAACAAUCACUGCGUAGUUUAUCCCCUCCCCGGCCGGGCUUGCUACUACCUGCGCCCCCUGAGCAAUUCAUCCUUGGCCCCAACAGCAACAAUUCCCCAGAACCGCCAGAGCUCCGCGUCCGCAAUUUCAAUCAAGUGCCUGAUUGUGAGGAUGUUGCGUUGCUGUGGGCUCAAGUCCUCAAAACAAGAGUACGCGUAGAAGAGGACAGUACCUCAGGACCCACGGAGAUAUCUGUUGCUAGUGGGUUUGUAUCCCGCAGCGACUCCGAUGCAAGUGCCGAGCCAACAGAGCCUCUAGAAGGUUGCUUUAAUGCAGCCACAUAUGGUUUAUCGCCUAGUGAGCUCUUACGGGAGGAGCAACGUGUGCAAAUGGUACUAAACGCAUCCAAACGCCUUGUUUCAUCACAGCUGGAUGAUAUUGAAGUAUUUGACUUCAUUGUUCAAGACAAAAUUAGUAUUCGGACUUAUCACCGAAUGCAAAGUUGCUUCUGUCUAACUUGGAGUCACGCAAGUUUACCAUCCCUCAAAAACCUUUGUUCGCGUAUUCUUGCACUUUGUGGGCUGAAGCCUGUGACUUAUGACUGCUGCAAGAACUCUUGCAUCUGUUUUGCUGGCCCAUUUGCCGAUCUACAGUCAUGUCCCGAGUGUAACACACCACAAAAAAAUGCUGCUGGUGCGCCCCAAAAGACUUUUACCUAUAUCCCAUUAAUCCCCCAGCUGCGAGCUCUCUACUGUAGUCUCCGUAUGUGCAAAGCAAUGCAAUACCGUCACAACUACAAGCGCAACAAGGAUACAAUAGAAGAUUAUUUUGAUGGUAAUCAAUAUUGCGAGCUACUAGGUACUUAUGUCACUGUCAAUGGUGAACAGAAACCGUUCAAAUUUUUUGCGGACUGGCGGGAGAUCGCCCUGGCCCUUUCCACAGAUGGAAUGUGUCCUUUCAAACGACGCAAGAACUCUUGUUGGCCUUUGAUACUAAUCAAUCUCAACCUUCCACCCGAUCAACGCACCCAUCUUGAAAAUCUUGUCUGCGUUGGCAUAAUUCCAGGUCCAAAAUCCCCCAAGAACCUGGGUUUGUUCUUGUGGCCGCUUAUUGACGAGCUCCUUCAGCUUGCAUCUGGUGUCUCUGCUGUUGAUGUAUCAACCAAGCAGCUUUUCUCUCUUCGAGCUCAUCUUCUUGCUGUCUUUGGCGACAUACCGGCUAUCACAAAGCUACUGGACUUUGUUGGGCAUAAUGGGCGCUUCCCCUGCCGCUUUUGUCUUAUGUCGGCUAUCCAAGGUGCUACAGCUGGUGGAGGUACACACUUGUAUUGCCCGCUCCAUCGCAAAGAAGAGCCUUUCUUUGAUCCCAUGAAACUCCCUGCCCGUACGCAUCAAGAGUGCAUAGAACAAGGCUUAACAGUGCUUCAAGCUCAAACUUCAAAUGCGCAAUCAAAACUUGCUACCGCAACUGGCGUCAAGGGUGUCUCAUCACUUGUCCAACUCCCAUCCAUAAGUAUCCCCGCCUCAUUCCCAAUUGACAUAAUGCACAUGAUAUUUAUUAACAUUAUUCCCCAGCUUAUUGACAUCUGGACUGGGAACUUCAACAAUAUGGACAAAGGGAAAGGCACUUAUCACAUCAACCCUAUUCUAUUCAAGAGGAUUGGGGAGAUUGUUGCUAAUUCUGGAUCAACCAUACCUACGUCUUAUGGUUGCCGAGUGCCUGAUAUUUCGGCUCCGAGUCAUGGAAGUGCAACUGCAGAGGCGUGGAGUAUUUUUGGAGGGUAUCUGGGACCAUAUGUCCUCCGCAAGCAAUUCCGUAACCCCAAGUACUACCAACAUUUUGUUCGACUUAUCAAGCUUGUGAACCAAAUCACCUUGUACGAGAUCAAGCGCUCCGAUAUCCCAGAGAUUCGCAAGGGGUUCAUUCGCUGGGUCAAAGAAUAUGAAAAAUAUUAUUAUCAGUAUAAUGCCGCCCGAAUUCAGACCUGUACUGUGAACAUUCAUUAUCUCCUUCAUGUUGCUGACUGCAUUGAGUAUCUUGGUCCUGUGUGGUGUUAUUGGUCAUACCCGAUGGAAAGAUUCUGCAGUUUUGUUGGCGGCGUAGUGAAAAGUCGACGCUUCCCAUUUGAAAACAUCUCCCAACGCAUGCGAGACACGGCGCAGCUUCAAGUUAUUCGACACUUAUAUGGAUUACACAAUAAACUAACGUUUCUACAACUUGAUAUUAUUGAUGACAACGAAACGGACACUAUACAAGGAUAUGAGCGCACAAUUCUGCUUGGGCGUUGUGCAAGCAACCUCAAGAUCUCUGACCAGCUUCAGAGGAAGAUAUGCGGUUAUCUCGUUCAGUUGUUUGGUAUUUCAGUAUUCGAGGCCAAGAAAGCAAUCCCAGAGCGUGUGCCCGAGUGGAGAAGACUUCGUAUCUCCCAGGGCGGGGAUACUAUCACAGCUCGGGGAAGCCAAAAGAUUCGCUCUGAUGCACGCGACAGUUCGUUUGUCAGAUACGAACUACUUGUAGACAAGAAUGCACGGCAUCGAAAUGCCCCAGUAGACUUACAACCCGUUAGUCAAUACGGGCAACUACAACACAUUUUCCAGCUAGAUUUGAAGGCCCGCUCGGCUGCAAACCCAUCAUCCAAGAGUAUUCCCCUUAUUCUUGCACUGAUUCACGAAGCGCCAGUACUCAUUGAAAACACGCAUGAGUACAAAGUCGUCUCAUAUCCAGACGGCCAGCUCAAAAGCGGCGAGGUUGUGGAUGCGCGAACGAUUCAUGCAGACUGCGAAUUUACUUUCCCUUCAUUUACGUAG